UUUUUUUUUUUUUUCAAAACCAUAAUUAAUGAGCAGUGGUGGUUCUGGGUCCAAUCAUUCAGGCGGUGAAAACUCAUUGCCACCACUUUCCCCUGCCAUGUCUUUAGGUUUUGCAAAGAGCACAUUCUCGUAUGAUGAAUUGGCAAUGGCAACGGAUGGAUUUUCAGAAGCCAACUUCCUUGGACAAGGUGGUUUUGGGUAUGUGCACAAGGGAGUCCUUCCAAAUGGAAAAGAAGUCGCCGUUAAGCAGCUGAAAGCUGGAAGUGGUCAGGGGGAGCGUGAAUUUCAAGCUGAGGUUGAGAUCAUUAGCAGAGUGCAUCACAAACAUCUUGUUUCAUUAGUUGGGUACUGUAUCACCGGGUCCCAAAGAAUGCUAGUUUACGAGUUUGUUCCGAACAACACCAUGGAGUUUCACUUACAUGGAAAGGGAAGACCUACCAUGGAUUGGUCCACAAGAUUGAGAAUUGCUCUAGGGUCUGCUAAAGGACUGGCUUAUCUGCACGAGGACUGCCAUCCUAAGAUUAUACAUCGUGACAUUAAGGCAGCUAACAUACUUCUGGAUUUUAACUUUGAGGCAAUGGUUGCGGAUUUUGGACUUGCAAAGCUUUCUUCUGAUGUCAACACUCACAUAUCCACCAGGGUGAUGGGAACUUUUGGAUACCUGGCUCCGGAAUAUGCUUCUUCUGGGAAACUUACAGACAAGUCUGAUGUUUUCUCAUUCGGAGUCGUGCUUCUAGAGUUAAUUACUGGACGUCGACCUGUUAACUCAUCUCAAUCUUACGUAGAUGAUAGCUUGGUAGACUGGGCACGGCCCUUGCUCACACGAGCUUUGGAAGAUGGAAACUUUGAUACGCUUGUUGAUCCACGGUUGCAAAGGGAUUACAGACCCAACGAGAUGGCUCGUAUGGUUGGUUGUGCUGCUGCUUGUGUGCGUCAUUCAGCACGGUGUCGACCACGAAUGAGCCAAGUAGUGCGGGCCUUCGAAGGAGACAUAUCUUUGUCUGAUCUUAACGAAGGAAUCAAACCCGGACACAACACAAUCUACAGUUCUCAUGGCAGCUCAGACUAUGACACUAACCAAUACAAUGAGGACAUGAAAAAAUUUAGGAAGAUGGCUCUGGGAACCAAAGAGUAUGGAAGCAACGAGCACAGUGCACUAACUAGCGAAUAUGGAUUGUAUCCAUCUGGUUCGAGCAGCGGAGGCCAACAAACCACUCCAGAAAUGGAGAUGGGAAAGAUGUGUGGGAGAUAAUUUCAAUAAUAAUUAAUUAAAGCAAAUAAAAAAAUAAAGUAAACAACAAAAUUAAACCUUAUAGUACUUCUAUAGAUAGUUUAUGAACAAAUUUGUGAUUGAGGCCAAUGUAUGAACAUUGUGUCUUUAAGACAUAAUUUCAGCUUCUUCAAUGGUGCUUGA